GAGCCCUCGGCGGUGCUGCGGCCCUCGCCGCCGCAGGCGGGCGCCGACCCCGCCGGCCCCCGGCGGGGCCUGGGCCGGCUCCUGCGGGGCCUCUCCGGAGCCCCCGCGGAGGCGGAGGAGGCGGCGCAGCCGCCGCAGCCCCAGGCCAGCCCUCUGGCGCUGAGCCCCGAGGGCGGCGAGGCGCCGGGCGCCCGGCGGGGCCUCGGGCGUCUCCUGGAGAACCUGGGCCUCGGGCCCGCGCCCGCGCCGGAUGCCGCGGAGGAGCAGCAACCGUCGCCGCAGGCGCACGCGAGCCCCCAGGCGGGCGCCGAGGCAGCGGCCGAUGAGGCGCCCCGCCUGGCGCGCUGGUGGUCCCGCAUGGUGGGAUCGGCCGACAUCGGCCCCGAGGCGGAGGCUGGAGGCGAGGCGGCGUCGGAUCCGCCGGAGGAGCCGGGCGCACACGGCGACGCAGCCACCAGCGGUGCGCCGCCGCAGCCGGCCUCCGUCUUCGCGCGGGCCUUCGCCUCCCCCGCGCUGCGGGGCGCCUCGGAGACGUGCGCGGUCCCUGCGGCCGUCGGCGCGCUGGCCGGGGCGACGCUUCUCAGCAGCGGCUCCAGCGGGAUGUUGACGCCUGCCUCCGCCUCGCACGCGCCGCUGCAGUCGCCCGCGUUGGCGUCCUCGUCCUCGCAGGACGACCCCACGCGGAGUGCCGCCGACGACUACGUGAGCCUCGACACGCGCGAGAAGCUGGAGAGCCUGUCCAAGGACGUUGAUUUCAGCGUACUGCGCGACUGGAGCGUGUCCAAGAGGAGGUCCAGGAACUGGACCCUCGUGGACGCCCCGGGCAGCGACACGGACUCGCUCCGCUCCGGCGAGAGCCGGGCCCGCACGCCGCGGGGCCUCGGGCCGCAGAGGCCGGGGCUGGAGCUUGCGUGCCCCUCGCAGAAGGCCUCCGUGCGGAACCCGCUGGAGGAGCCCGGGCUGCUGUGCAUGCUGUCGGGGCCCCCCGAGCGGCAGCACCGCGCCCCGAGCGAGGUCGGCAGCGAGUUCCAGGACCUCGACACGCUGUCCGUCUGCAACAGCAACGUGGCCUCGGUGCUGGCCUCGGCGGCCCCCUCGGUCGCGCCGUCGCCCUUCGAGGCGGCGCUGGCCCCGCGGCACGACAUGCUGGAUCUGGGCCCCGACGCGCUGCUGGUGAAGAUCCUGAACGGCGUGUCGGGCGCGGAAGAGGUGCGUUUCCCGAUGCACGUGCAGGCAUCGCCGGAGCAUUUCCUGAACGCGCUGGAUCAGCUCUGCAAGCACCACGCAGGGCAGUCCCUCGCGGACCUGAACUGGCUCAGCCCUUCCCAGGGCGCCGGGGAGCGGUUCCAGCGCCGCAAGUGCGACGCGAGGAUGGUCGAGGAGCUCUUCGGCAGCGCGGGGCCCGACAGGCCCGGCGUCACGGUGCUCCUGUGUACGGUCCCCGUGACGCCACCGUCGGAGCUGAGCGCCAGCAAGGUGAGGAUAACGAAGAACGUGUACCCCGGGACGGUGGCCUGCGGCUCGCCAGACCCUGUCAGGGUGAAGAUCGACACGACGGCACUUGAGGCUGGCCGGGAGUACUCCGUGGCCUUCAAGUGCCAGUGGACGUACAAGACGUAUGUGGCGCAGGCCACGCUGCUGCAGGACAAGCGCGGCGUGCUGACCACGGUGCCGUGGCAGAUGCUGGCGUCAGACGGCCUCUACGACGUUCAUCUGGUUAUUGACGGCAAGCUGCGGUCCGCGAAUCACAAGACUCUGAAUGUGGGCGGCCCCGAGAGCGGUGACACCAGCGCCACGGACGUGUCAGGGCGCCUGUCGAAGGACAGCUCGUUCGGGUUCGUGUCCAUCGCGAAGCCCGCCGCGCCCCCUGCCGGGCCCGGGCCCGCCGACGCGCCCGCAAAGGAGGCGCCCGCAAAGGCAGCAUCGCCACAGAUGCCGGCGACCCCGGCGUCGAGGUGGCGGUCGCUCCGGCGGCAUGCCGCGGAUGACGCGCCCGGCGUCCCGGCCCCGCAGCGGCGCCGGGGGGCGGACGAGCCGGACGCGGCCGCUGCUCGGAAGGCGGCCUCCUGCGCCGCGCCCGCGCCGCCGGCGCCGCUGGUCGCUGGGCCGGCGGAGGAGGCGGACGCCGCCCGCGCGGCCCCACUGCUGCCCCCGCAGUGCGGCCUCGCCGCGGCUGGCGGCGGCAGCGCGGCGUUCCUGCCGGCGGCCCGCGCCGCGGCGGCGUAG